AGUGCCGCCGGCUAAAUCUCCAGCAGAAAUUCUGCCGAGAUUCCGUAGUGUGAAGAGGGGCACCUUUUAUAUAGAAGUAUGUGGGAGACUUUCUUUCCUUCUCCCUAUUCCAUGCAUUAUAUGAGUACAGUGUAAGCAGCAGAGCGAUCACCCUGCGCCUGUGUGACAACCAUCAUCCUGCGCAAGGUCCAUAUCUGCCACCUGAUACCCUGCCUGUCAUCGGGUACAUUGUGCAGCAGUCACACUGCCCGGCACCGUGCGGCCACAGAACACCCCUCCCGCCCAUGGAGGAAGAGGGGGAAGACGAGGAGACCCCGACACCAAGCACUACACGGGCACCGGGAUGGGUGUUGCUCCUUACUAUGUGCGCAGCUGGUAUUGGUGGCACUUUCCAGUAUGGUUACAACCUCACUAUCAUCAAUGCACCCACAAAUCAUAUUCAAAAAUUUGUGAAUGAGACAUGGUUAGAACGCUACGGAUCAGCGCUGGACAGCUGGACAAUAACUCUCAUCUGGUCCAUAAUAGUCUCUGUGUUCCCACUUGGUGGCUUUAUGGGAGCCCUGCUGGCAGGUCCUAUGGCUAUCAGGCUAGGAAGAAAGAAGUCACUGCUCUUCAAUAAUCUGUUUAUAAUACUGUCUGCAAUCCUUUGUGGGUUCAGCCGUUAUGCCAAGUCCUUUGAAAUGGUCAUACUGGGCAGAAUCUUAGCUGGUGUUAAUUCAGGCAUCAGCAUGUGUAUUCAGCCUAUGUAUCUUGGGGAAAGUGCCCCUAAAAAUCUCCGUGGCACGGGAGCUCUGUCAUGUGCAGUCAGUACAGCCAUUGGACUGGUAAUGGGACAAGUAGUAGGACUAAGAGAGAUAUUGGGCAGUGAGGAGGUAUGGCCUCUUCUUCUAGCCAGUAACGUGGUUCCAGGUAUCAUACAACUGGUGGUCCUUCCUUGGGUUCCUGAAAGCCCUCGAUAUUUGUUGAUAGAUUUGAAGGACAAGGAUUCCUGUGAAGCUGCUUUACGUCGGUUUCGAGGAAACUGUGAUUUUAGUAGUGAGGUGGAAGAGAUAAUGGCCGAGCAGAAAGCAAUACACGGACAGAAACCAAAAAGUCUUUGUGAGCUUAUACGGGAUUCAUCCCUGCGACGGCAGGUUCUCACUAUAGUGGUCCUCAGCAGUGCCAUGCAGCUCUGUGGUAAUGACUCGAUGUAUUUCUAUGCAUCCUAUAUAUUUCAAGCAGCUGGGAUCUCCUCUGAGCAGAUUCAGUAUGUUGUAAUUGGUACAGGAAGUUGUGAGCUCAUCACUUCAAUCACUUGUACUUUAGUCAUUGAUCAUGUUGGACGCCGUGUGUUGCUGAUGGGAGGGUACAGCUUGAUGUCUGUCUGGGCAGUGGUUUUUAUGGUGGCCUUGUCUCAGCAGGAACACAUUAUAUGGAUGCCGUAUCUCAGCAUGGUCUGUAUUUUUGCCUACAUCUUGAGCUUUGGAAUUGGUCCAGCCGGAGUUACUGGUUUAAUGCCAGCUGAGAUAUUUGACCAGAUGGCCAGGCCUGCUGCAUACGUGAUAUGUGGCUCCCUCAUGUGGCUAAUACUAUUUGUGGUGGGAUUGGCUUUUCCCUUCAUUGUGCAAGGACUUGGUCAUUUCUGCUUCAUGCCAUUUCUAGUGGUCUGUGUCUGCACCACUUUGUAUGUUGGAUUCUUCCUCCCCGAGACCAAAGGAAAAAGUGUGUUAGAAAUCACAGAAGAAUUUAAAACACGCAGAGCUAAGCCACACAUUGAGGAAAAUGGCUGGCUUGGACCUCAGGAGAUCAAGUCCACCAGUCUGUAAGAUGAGGAAUAUUAAACAUCAAGUUCACACUCCUUGCAGCAUUGUUGGAUUCUGCAUGUCGGAGCUGAGAUUUAAGUGACAAAUAUAAAACCCCUUCUAAGAUGUCUUCCGAUUUUGCCUGAAGUUGCCUAGUUUGUAUAUUUAUUAUUGUCCAUCCACUCCUAAUGAAAAUGACCUCAGCAUAAUCUGUCUAUAUCAUGAGCUGCUAAAGAAUUCAGCUGUAUCUAUAAUACUUGAAUAUAGUAAAUGCCGGUCGUGGUCCGGUUAUAUACAUUUCUUAUUUUAUGUUAUGUAAAGCUGAAUGUAUCUCAGGUCCCCAUUCUCCUUAUAAAGGUGAAACGACUGUCCUGUUCAAUGUAUAAGAUGUGCAGCAGACAGGGUCACUGCAAUUAUACAUAUACCACACAAUAUAUGUGUUUGUUUUUUGUUUUUUUUUAGCAUUUGGGCCACUUGUAGAUAUAUUUAGAAAAGCAAUAGUGAUAGAAUUGGGAAAUUUUAAAUGAAAGGCUUUUGGGAUUAAUAAGGAUAUAGUUAUGCUUUACUUCAGGGAGGACAGUGCUAAAAACCUUAAGUAGCAUAUGUUUGCCAAGGGGAUUUUCUCCUACUCUGGACAGUACCUAAAAUGGACAGAGAUGUCAGCAGAGAGCACUGUGGUCAUGAUGUCAGCAGAGAGCACUGUGGUCAUGAUGUCAGCAGAGAGCACUGUGGUCAUGAUGUCAGCAGAGAGCACUAUGGUCAUGAUGUAAGCAGAGAGCACUGUGGUCAUGAUGUAAGCAGAGAGCACUGUGGUCAUGAUGUAAGCAGAGAGCACUGUGGUCAUGAUGUCAGCAGAGAGCACUGUGGUCAUGAUGUCAGCAGAGAGCACUGUGGUCAUGAUGUAAGCUGAGAGCACUGUGGUCAUGAUGUCAGCAGAGAGCUCUGUGUUCCAAAAAGAAAAUAAUUUCCUCUGUAGUAUUCAGAAGCUAAUAAGUACUGGAAUGAUUAAGAUUUUUUUAUUAGAAGUCAUUUACAAAUCUGUUUAACUUUCUGGCACCAGUUGAUAAAAAAUAAAUAAAAAAGUUUUCCACCGGAGUACCCCUUUAAACUAGGACUUCAUGGUAUCUUCAUUGUUCCUAACCAUGGCUGAAUUCUUGUGCAUUACCUGCAAUCUUAGGCUAUGUUCACACAGCGGAAUGUCUGAGCAGAAUUCCAUAGGAAUAUUCCGCUGCAGCAGAGUCUCAUUGUUUUCAGUGCUUUCAAUGCGGUUUUCUGCUGCACUGUUCCCACAGCGGAAUUUCCGAUUCUGGUGUCCGCAGAAAGAAUAGACAUGAAUAGCUUAUUUGAGUGUGACUGCGUAUGUGUGAGUGUAUGCGACAUACAACAUGUCUGAGAACAGUAAGCAUGCAAUGAUGUUUAAAUCUGAAAAGUCUAGUUACCCUUACUUUUAUUUACUGAAUCUUAUGUACAUAGUCAAGUACACUAAGAAAGGAAAUAGAAACUACUUCUAGUUAUAACAUUUGUGUUUACACAAUAUCUUUACAGAACAAAAGUCCAGGUAGAGAACAGUUACUAGCUGUUAAGGAGUGUUACUGAUGGAGCAAACCUGUAUGUUUUCAUGUAGAGGCACAACACAAUGCAUACAAAUACCUACAAACAACACAGUGGCCCUCAUUUACUUCGAAAAUCGGGUUGUAAGUCUAUCUUGCUUUCUUACCCGACUGCUUUUUUCCCCUGGUAUUUAUUAUUAUGUUGCAUCCUGUUUGUCGCUCGUGGGUUUUGUUGGUUUUGGUUUCCAACUCCUCUGAGUUGUCGGGAAAAAAUCCACAACAAUUCAACAAAUUCAGGUUGGAAACCUUUAUAAAUACGUGGGAAAGCUCAGAAAUGUCAGGUUACGCCCCUUUUUCGGGUUUGGGAGAAUCCACAUCGGGUCCGUCGGGAAAAAAUGUUGCAUCGUGUCGCAGACUGGCGCACGAUGUCUGCGACAUGGCGCAGACAAAGAUGCAACAAAAAACCCCGACAAAACAAGUCGGGUUUAGAAUAGUAAAUGAGGGCCAUUGUGGCCUCACCAAAUUCCACAGAUCUUCAGGGUCUCGGCAGCAGUAUAUUCAGAGAGCGGACAAUAGAAUGUGGAAGAGUAAAGUACAUGCGGCACUCACCAGAACAUAAAAAUCUCCUCCUUUAUGCAGGUCAUGAUGUUUAUUUUAACAUUUUAUAAUUAGAAUAUAUAUACAAACACAUGAAGGGCAACAGCUGUUUUGUCUGUUUUUUCUGCGGAAUCUGCUCGGAAAGGCAUUUCAAAGCAGUCCUAGUGCCGGCAUGUUCUGCUAGCGCCCGCUGUAUGCGGAAUGUCGACCAGGACAUUCUGUUGUGUGAACAUAGCCCUAUUGUGACCAUCAGACAACAAACCAUGAGUCCUAACAUUGUGCAAACACCUUAUUGUUACUGACUCUUAAAGGACUUGUAUUUUAUUGGGGCACUUCAUCAAUAUUUUUAAUAGAAUGCUCUAAUUAGGUCAGUAAGCCAGUGUUUACCAACUAGUGUGCCUCCAGCUGUUGUAAAACUAGUACUUCCAGCAAGCCUGGGAGUUGCAGCUUUGCAACCACUGGAGGCACACUAGUUGGGAAACGCUGAUGUAGUAGGAAACUGUGAUGACAAUGGUCAGCGGAAUAAUCGAUCAACCAACAAAUAUUAUUUCUUCAGCCCCCUUAAAGCCAACAUGGCCUAAAAUGCCAAUACCUAAUGUGGUGAGUGGGUGUGAUAUAGUAAAUAACAAACACCUCCUAUAAGUAGGCUUAUGAUAUACUACUGGAUGUCAUUUAGGGAUACUUAUCUCUAGAUUGAUCAGAAUAUACUAAAACAUCAGUCUGCCUGAUCACAUGAGUUUCGGCGCUAUUCUCGAGCAACAGCAUAGCACUUAUAAUUUACCUGUCUCCUGACACCGGCCACAAUGAGAGUAACCCUUUAAAUACUUUUGUCUUUUUGACACAAAAGUAUUUACCCUCACAUUGAUUUUUCUGGCUAACAUGGUACCACACUAGUUUUUGCUGUACAUAGUUAUGCCAGGCAAAAGCACUAUUAAAUUUUUCAAAUUUUCAUCUAUAUAGUCUUGUAUGAUGCAUGAUCUCUUCCAUAAAGUUUAUAAACAACCCUACAAAUAUUAAUAAAAGGAUUUUUUCUAAUUUUCCAAGGGUCUGCAUUUACAGUCUAAAUAUGUAUGUGUAUGUCCAAAUAGAACAAUUCUUUGUGCAAUUCUUUCUGUGGAAUUUGCUCGGAAAUAAAUUGCUGUCCA